CACGUUGUCUUUUUCGUACCCCACACCAGUUUGACGGGGAAAUUUGGUCAAAAACACAGUUGAACGCGUUCAUGAUUUUCCAUUAGUAUUUCAGGAAAGUUUGUGACCCCAGCCUGAGAGUUGAAUCCUUGUAGAAUAGGACUGAUUUCAUCCUAGUUCAGUGAGGAGGUGUUGAAGGAAUCAUUUAUUAGAUUCUUUAUUAUUGAGCUGGUGAUACAAUAUCCCCAACAAUAUUAUAAGUGAAUGCAUCCGAUGAGGAAUAUCUAUUGAAGAUCGCUUGUAGAGAAUCUCUUCCACAGAACUACAACGUUUUUCAACAAUAGUCUUAUUUGACGAAUAACUUUCUGAAUCGGGGAGGUAUUUAGGAAUAGUUUUCGGAGCUUGUAUAAUUGUGUUCCAUGUGAGGAAGUCGUUUGGGAUAUUUCAAAUAGGCCCACGUGGAUUCAAGGAUCAUUCCAGCAAUAACGAUCAAUUGAGUGACAGUUAUUUACUGAUUAUCUGACAAAGACAACUUUGCAAUAGCUGAGGAAAGUUCAUUUAUCAGAAGAAGAGAAAGGAUUUACUCUAGUUUCAGAUAUAUACAAAGGACAUCAUCUACCGAUAUCCACCACUCAACUUGAAGCUCUUCUACACCAUCCCAUGACAGUGUAUCAGUGAUCAAGAAGCCAGUGUUAAAAAAUCUUAUCAUUUCAUACAACAUAUCAACCAUCGUGACCCCCAUUUCAGUCAUUGUAACACUAAAACAUAUCAAAAACAUCGUGAAUACACUCUCAAUUGUAACGCUUGAAACAAUAUUGCUAUACUGGAAAUCCACAAUUCUAAUUGCAACAACAUAUUGUGAUUAAAUUUUAACUUUUAACACUUUCAAGAAUACUGUUACUGGGAAUUCACAAUUUCAACUGCAAUACCAUAACAUUUCAAUACAAUUUCGUUACAGUUGUAGAAAACAUUGCAACAUUGUUACUGUAAUUUCAGUUGUGAGACCUUGAUCAAUAUUGUUACUGGAAUUCCAACUGUAACUCUAUCAAAAAUAUUGUUACUGAAAUUUCAAAUUUCCAUUCAACCCUGUAAAAAUCAGCCUAUUGUUACAUACCAGUUGUGAGACGGUCAACAUAACAAUAUUGUUACUAGAAUUCCAACUGUAACACUAUCAAAAAAAAAUUUACAAGAAUUUCAAAUUUUCAUUAAACCCUGUAAAAAAUAGACUACUCGAGUUUUAAUAGUUUCACACCAUAACGUUAUCAGUGUUUUAGUGGAGUGAAGGAUAGGUAACACCAUAAAUCAUACUGGAAUUUGAAUUCCAAUUUCUCAUUCAACACUAUCAAAAAUAGCGUUUUGUCACUGAAAUUUCAAUUUUCCAUUCAACACUAUCAAAAAUAGCGUAUUGUCACUGAAAUUUCAAUUUUUCAUCCAACACUAUCAGAAAUAACCCAUUGUUACAAGAGUUUCAAUAAUAAAUUGUGAAACUAUAACGUUGUCAGUGUUUCAGUGGUAUCAAAUACAGCCUUUUGUCGCUGAAAUUCCAAUUUUUCAUCCAACACUAUCAGAAAUAACCUAUUGUUACGGGAGUUGUUUCGAUAAUAUUGUAAAACCAUAAACCAGUUUUCAGUGUUCUAGAGUUGUUUAGGGACUAUAACGUUGUCAGUGUUUCAGUGGUAUCAAAUACAGCCUAUUGUCACUGAAAUUUCAAUUUUUCAUCCAACACCAUCAGAAAUAACCUAUUGUUACAGGAGUUGUUUCGAUAAUAUUGUAAAACCAUAAACAAGUUUUCAGUGUUCUAGAGUUGUUAAGGGUAUCUAAAGUCUGUGCAACGUUAAUUGUUACAGAAUUUUCAACACUUGUAAAACCAUAAACCAGUUUCCAGUGUUUUGGAGGUGUUUAGGAUAUCUAAAGUUCGUGCAACGUUUUAUGUGAUUUUACAACGAUGGCUCCAAGUGAUCAAGCUUCACCAGUGAAAUUUAGCAACCUCAUCACAGUGACCCUUUUCCUUCUGAUCAGUUUGGCAAUAACCGUAACUGCGCAGGCGCAACAAACCUGUCCAACUCCACACGACAUCGAGCCAUGCUCGUGUAUUGUGAAGAAAAAUGGUCUCGACAUUCUCUGCGAGUUCACGGAUCUCUUUCACAUCACUAGAGCCAUGGCUUUCCUCAAGGGAAAACCUAACAUGGUGAUAUUCUACCUGAAGUUGCGACACAACAAUCUGCCCAAGCUGCAGAGUUUUGUGUUCCUGGGCAUGGAUAUCAGACACCUCACCGUGCACAACAGCAGUUUGGCGGUGGUGGAAGAGUCGUCUCUCAGUUCCAUGGGUCAAGGACUCACCCAACUGGAUCUAUCACAGAACUGGCUGAAUUCAGUGCCAUCCAGUGCUUUGAAAAAUCUCCACCAUCUGCUUAUCCUGAAUCUAAAUCACAACAAGAUCAGUGCCCUACACGCCAAGGCCUUCGAGGGUUUGGAUACACUCGAAAUCCUCAUCCUAUUCGAGAACAAGAUCACCACCAUAGAUCCUGACACAUUCAAAGGCAUUGAAAAGAAGCUGAAAAGAUUGAACCUGGCUGGCAACGAAUUGAAUUCCGUGCCACAAGCCGCUCUAUCCAUUCUCUACAAUCUCAGGAAGCUGGAGCUCCAUGAAAAUUCCAUAUCUACUGUUUCGGAAGGGGACUUCGAAGGAUUGGACAAUCUCGACUCGCUGGGUCUAUCCUACAACCAUCUGAGAGAAGUGCCAGCUAGAGUAUUCUCGCAUCUGAAACAGCUCAACUCACUCGAGAUUGAAGGCAACGCAAUCGCUAAGAUAGACGAAGAUGCUUUUGUCGGAUUGGAAGAGAAUCUUCAGUAUUUGAGACUUGGAGACAACAAUCUACACGCGAUACCAAGCGACGCCCUCAGACGUCUUCACAGAUUACGUCAUCUGGACCUCAGAGCCAACAACAUCUCCUACGUCUCAGAGGAUGCCUUUAACGUAUUCGGGGACUCCAUUACAUUCCUCAAUCUCCAGAAAAAUGACAUCAAAGUUCUGCCAGCCAUGGUAUUCGACAACUUGAACUCACUGGAGAAUCUAAACCUGCAGAACAACAAACUGAAACAUAUUCCGGAAGAUGUGAUGGAGCCAGUGGUUGAUACUUUGCGAAUUGUCGACGUCAUGGAUAACCCGUUAGUCUGCGACUGCCAGCUGCGCUGGUACGGAGACUGGCUUCGCAACCUGAAAGGCAAAGAUGACGAUUUCAUGCAGAAGAAACGCCUACUUUGCACCAUGGUUCAUGAACACCGCGAGUACAUGGUGCAAAAAUUGCCACUCGACAAGAUGAACUGCAUCGGCAAGAACCUCAUUGGACGAGCGUCAUCCUCGUCCUCUGACAACGCUGACGUCACGUUUCAUGGUUGGCAAUACUUCGUGACGUCAUCACUUCUGCUAGCUACCAAUCAUCUGUAUGUCCAGUUCUGUUACUGAUACUAAAAUUUCUGAAUCCCUAUGAUUUUGUAUCAUAAAUAGUUGGCAAGAAAAUGAAGGCUUUCAAUCGGUAUAAACAAAAAGUAUUAAUUGGAAAAUACAAAGAAAAUUAGCCAAGAAAAUUAUGCCCCGGUUUUUCUUAAUAGUCUACUCCUACAGUCUGGUUUAAUAUUAACUACUGAUGUAGAAUACAAAUACUAAUUGCUGAAUCCCUAUGAUUUUCUUAUCUGUAAUCAAAGGAAAUUGGUUGGCAUGUGAGUGGAAAUUUUCAAAUGGAAAAAUGUAUGCAUAAUUUUUGUUACCAAAAAAAUGUUCCCAUUGAAAUCUAUGCCUUGUUCCCUGGAAUCUAUUGAGCAUUUUUUCAAUAGGGUUGUGCAUGUGUGAGAGAAUUCCAAACUGGAUAGAAAAAUAAUGUAGAAGGCUAUUCCCUAUUUUAAAUCUAUCAAGGAUUCAAUAAACCGAUUGACAUGGUGUGUAAAGUUUUAAAAA